CAAACAAACAACUUUGCCAGCUAAAUUGCAGACAUGUCCGGAUGAAAGCGGUGUAAACAUAAAGGAGCAAGCCAUCAUUCAAAAUUCAAAAUACAGACAGGUGGAGCGAGGACCAUGGCGAAACAAAAUUCACUUGAACGCUGAGUGGACUGUCACUCGAGUCGAGUAGAGUCUACAAGCAGCCUUUCGCUCUUGUCUCAUCAGUGUUUUGUUUGUAUUGUACAGCACAGCUUAGUAGAGAUAUACUAGAAUGAAACGACGACGACUUGCUGUACAUGUACAGCAGAGCUCGAGUCGAUCUCGGACUGCAGUGUUGACAGUGGCGUCUCUGUCGCUCUUUGCAUGCUUCACUCUUCCUUGGAUGACGUUGCAGGUCAAUACGACAACUACUACUCAAGCAACUAGCAGUAAGACAUCAUCAUUCGCUCAGGAUCAGGAUGACACAAGAGCAAGUCACGGCAGUCACCCUCACUUUCAACACUUUUCGUACGAGUUCAACACCAACGCCACUCGCUUUUCCAGUGAUUCUAAGGACACUUCAGGUACUACUAGUAGUAGUAAUAGUAGUGCAUCAGAUCCACCCAUUCAUCAACAACACAGUCAACUGCUGCAAGAACCAUGGGACAUUGUGGAUCAGUACAUUGAGUGGCAUUCCCAAGAAGCCGUUCGACAAGAUCCAUUCAAUCGCAGCUAUGCCCUCGCUUUCUAUUCCUGUCCUCUACAAGUGGGCAAUCGAUGGCAUCACUUUAUGAACUCCUUUCUAUGGAGUAUUCUCACCAAUAGAACCAUCCUAUGGCAGUACUGGGACAAAGACACCUGCAAAAAAUACGGAAAACACUAUGAUUCCAGAAUAUGCACUUUUGCCAACAAAAUCACGGACUGUGACACUUUCUUGGACAGAGAACCAUGGAUGACAUCCUACCAACAAUGGAAACAAGAACAUCCAAGUCUCGCAGACACACUACUAGUACGCAUCAAAAAACUAUCCUACUGGACCACACAUUCACCAUACUCAAAACCUGGAAGAGGAUUCCUGCCAUACCAAAACAGUUCCAAAGAUACACAACACCAGUUGGGCAUUGAUGCGAGGUCAAAUCAAUAUCCCAUUGUUGUAUUUCCACAAAUGCUGGGAAAGACAACCAGUAACCAUUUCGUUCAAAAUCAAACCAUUCGCAACCACUUGCUACACACACAAUGGGCACGACAAACUGCACAAGUACUAUACAAGUAUGGAUCCGAUCUACUCUUUGGACUACUCUUCCACUCGACAUUUGCCCUCUCGGAACAGCUAAUACACAACACCACAGCCAUGGUAGUACCCAAUCCAAACUACAACAUGGCAAAUGACAACAACAACAACAAUGACACUGCCGCAGGCUUGCAAGUGUCCAAAACGUGUUCCAUUGCUCUUCAUUCCAGGCAUACCAACACCAGUAUACUAGGCGAUGAUAUUUCCGAAGAGAUUGCCUGCAUUGAACAACUGUGGCAACAAUACACUACUUCCAAGCGAACCACCAUGGCCAACCAAGAAUGUGACCUCUACAUCAUGACAGAUCGGCCGUAUACACUGCACCGUCUCAUUGAUUGGUGUCACAACUACUACAACUCUUCUUCUUCCACCAAUGCUACAGCAUUUCCCUGUCGACGAGUCAUUCAUGCCAUGCACGAAAAAGGAGUCAGCUAUGUACCCGAACACGGGCCGUACGCCGGGGUGGGAUUCUUACAGGAUUUGGCCGUACUACAGCAAUCCGCACUCUCCAGUAUUGGCAUUGUCGGGGGUAAGCGUUCGUCCACGGACCUGCUCACGGAAUGGAUCGAGUACGAACGAAUGGUAGAAAUUUUGGAAGAAGGAGGUGAUGAUGGCGAUGGCGGUACUAGUAUUCCAAAUGAUCGCAAGCGGAGAAGAAGGUUGGAAGACGAGUCAUCGUUGGAAGCACCCCGGCCGAUUCCAGAGUUACCAAGAUGUAUCUUGCCUGGUUCAUCGCGGAACAAACGUCGUUGAUGAGCUUCCCUUUUCGGGUUCAUUGUUGUACAGUACCGGCACUGGUAAGCUAGCUGGCUAAAUAGAUAGAUGUGUACGUGUACGUGUAGUGAAUGAAUGUCAUGUGAUAGCUAGCUAUAUCUAUUUUCGAG